AUGACAAUUUUGGAAACAAUUGCAAUUUAUGUGGGAUCUUUCAUUGUAUCAUGGCUGUGUUAUCAAAUCUUCUGGGGAUGCUACAAAACUCGGAAAGAUGAUUCGAAAAUUAAAAGGCCUCCAUGUCUUCCUCAUAUUCCACUGCUCGGAUCGCUGCCUUUUAUUUCCGACCCCAAAAGAUUACACGUCUACUUUUUAAAUAAAUCCAAAAAGAUUGGAAACAUUAUUGGCUGCUAUAUGGGACAAGAGUACAUGGUUAUUUUAAAUGGUCGGCAGACAAUCGAGAAAGCGUUUGUUGGCAGGGCGUUGGCAUUCUCUAGUCGCCCUACAUUCUAUCUCACCUCUCUCUACAAUCCCGGCCAAAAAGGGCUUGGUGAACAUCCGUACAACGAAACGUUCAAAAAGUACCACAAAGCUUGCCUAAAUGUUCUCAGAAAGUUUGGAUUAGGAGAGGAAAUGAUGGAAUCUAGAGUGAAAACAGAGGUGGAGCAUCUAAUUCAGAGAAUAAAAGUCAGAAAAGGUCAACCGUUCUAUCCAUCUGUAGACGUUACUGCUACUUUCUUCAACGUGAUCAGCAGCAUUUUGUACGGCAAACGAUGGUCCGUUGAUGAUCCGGAGUUUCAUUACAUCACUGAAUUGUCAGACAUAAUUGUGAACAAAUUCAUUCUGAACAUUCUUCCAGUUUUGAGAUUUGUUCCAUAUUUUAAAGGUCAAUUUACGGAACUUGUUGAAGCCGUGAAAAAAUGGGACCAAUUUAUAGAGAAAAAUAUUCAUUCAAUUUUAAACGGCAUCAGAGGGGAAACGUUUAGCAAAAAAUUUGAAGAAGAGUUGAAACUUCAUUCUAAUGAUUCAAAUGUGAAAACAUUGGUUGAUAAAGAGCAGCACAAAAUGAUGAUAAAAGACUUGAUGAUAGCGGGAACAGAAACUUCAGCAAACACGGUUCUCUGGUUUCUCUAUUUCAUGGCCAAUCACCAAGACGUGCAACAGCAGAUGAGAGAUGAGUUGGAUAGAGUCGUCGGUCUCAAGAGAUACCCAUCACUCGAAGAUAAGCCAAAGUUACUCAUAACAGAAGCUUGUACAUUGGAAGUGAUGAGAAUUAAAACACUUGCACCAUUAGCCAUUCCUCAUAUGACUUUGAGUGAUGUUGUCGUUGAUGGGGUGCUCAUUCCCAAAAAUGUCACAGUCCUGGCAAACUUGUACAGUGCCCACAUGGAUCCUGAUGUUUGGGAUGAACCAGAAAAGUUCAGAAUUGAAAGAUUCCUGAAUGAGGACCAAACCGAAAUUGUCAACAAAAGUCAUGUGAUUCCUUUUUCCAUCGGCAAACGUUCCUGUAUUGGAGAACCACUGGCCCGCCAGGAAUUGUUUCUCGUCGUUUCCACACUCAUUCAGCAGUUUCAAAUCCUACCACCAGAGGGAGAGGACAUGGUUGUUGUCAAUGAAAUGUAUGGAUUAACCGUAUAUCCCAGUCCUUUCAACAUCAGAUUAGUGGAGAGAAUUCACUAA